AUGUCAGUCAGCAAUGACCUUAGCGAUACGGACUCGGCUCCAAAGUUGCGAAUGAAACCAGCUGUCAGUAGGAUAUUCUGUUGCAGUGUGACGGCCGCUUCUGGUUUUAUCGCUGCGUAUGCCCUGGUGGCGUACGCGAUAGCUUUAAUCUAUGAGAUAGUGUGGGUGGUAGAGUCUCAGAGCGGGCUGCCCGUACCGUCGGCUUUGCUGAUGAUCUGCUACUGCAUCGUCAUCGCUGCCACUGUUACACUGGUCCAUGGCCUUAUAUCGAAAAACAACACGUACUUACUGGCUUGGCUCAUUGCAGUCAUACUCGUGCUGAUUCCAGAAUGUGCUCUAGUCUUUUACAUGUCCAUUAGUCACUGGGGCCUCCAGGGCGUGUACGGCGGCGCGGAGCUGGCGUGCUACGUGGCGCGGCUGCCGGCGCUCGUGUGCGGGGUCGUGCUCGUGCAGUCCGCGUACGCGCUGCGGGAGGCCAGAAAUGGCGAAUAUGGCAACACGGUUCCGGCGAGCGGUAGUGAAUUCGACGCCAGUCAUUUUGUACCAGAUACCCCUGCUGCUUUUACAAACGACGGCUUUUUGGCUGAUAAUGGAAAAUCAGGAUCAAUGCCAGACCUUCGUCGUCACUUGGCUUCUCGACAGUCAAUGAACAUGGGCUACCCUCCAAUGAUGCUUCCCCAACCGCCCCCCGCAUACUGGCAACACUUGGCAGACCGACAGUACGCCGCAAGUCUCCGGGGAUACCCAAAAUCCUUUCCAUCUCCUCAAACCUACGGCACUUGGGUCGGACCUAGAUCUGGACCCUACGACAAUCCCUACAAAAGAAGACACUCCGUCGUUGGUGCCUUCAAUACUGAUGAAUAUCCUUCUAAGGGUUACGACUUUGAAGACAGAAUGGACUGCAAAAGCGAAAUGGCCUAUCCCUACAGAUCGUACAUGUACGAUCCUAGAAUGUUUCCACCGGACUAUGACCCAAGGUUCUUCCAAGAUUUUAAAAGGGACGAUCCCUAUGGAAUGAACUUGAGGCACGAUCCAUAUUAUUUUAGCGGAUCAAGGGAAAGGGUCUAUUAUGGUAUGAGAAAUAGUCACAAUUCGGUCGGAAAUGAAUCUGAUGAUUUAACGAAAUAUAAAGAUGUAGCUCUAUAAAAUAAACCAUUGAACUUUGUCAUAUUAUGUUCGUAGACUUUCUUGUUGGAUUUUAUUUUCUGAUAAUUAAAUAAAUAAAUAUUGAGUAAACUAUAUUAAACACACAAAGAACAAUACAUAACUAUUUUCAAAAUUUAAAAA